GCAUGCGUACAUGCCUUUCAAAUUUUUUAACGGAUGACCUGAAAAAAUAUGAAAUUUUGAUUUAAUUUAAAAUCUUUCUUGGAUAAUAUAUGAGCUUGAACUAGCCAUGGAUGAAAUGGGAAAACUGAAAGUCGGUGUAAAUGUCGACAUCCAGAGAACUGACGGAAGAAUACAUUCAGCUGUAAUCAGUGGAACCAAUCCAGAGUCUAAGAGUGUCACUGUAGAAUGGUUUGAGAAAGGAGAGACGAAAGGAAAAGAAAUUGAAAUAGAGGCUAUAUUUCUACUGAAUCCAGAUUUAGCCUCUGUCCCUGCACCUAUAGGGAGGGAAAGCAAAUCAUCUAAGGGAACUAAACCUGAUGGUGAUGGACCAACAGCUAGACAGCUUAAUGUUGUAAAGAAAGCUGCUGCUCCAUCUUCUGCCAAGUCAAGACUGAGUUAUCAAGCACAACAACAGCCAGUAUCUAAUGGACACCCAGUAAAUAAACCUGAUACAGAUCCAAAAGGGGCUGCAGCUCGGAGGAAAUCCAACUGUGUAAAAGCUGUUGAAGGUAUACAGAAGAAAAGAGACGAACGAAGAGCUAAUCAGGAAGCAGCUCGUCUGAAAAAUGAACGAGAUUAUGACAUGUCUGAUCCUAAUUGGGAGUUUUUGGCUAUGAUUAAGGAAUAUCGAGCUGGACUUGAUUUCAGACCAUUAACUUCUUCUGAUCCUAUUGUUAACCACCAGAUUUGUGUCUGUGUCAGAAAAAGGCCUCUGAAUAAAAAAGAGCUUUCGAAGAAGGAUAUAGAUGUAUUAACAUUACCCAACAAAGAAAAUGUCCUAGUACAUGAACCUAAAACAAAAGUAGACUUAACCAAGUUCUUAGAAAACCAAACAUUUAGAUUUGAUUAUGCCUUUGAUGAAAAUGCUACAAAUGAUAUGGUAUACAGAUUUACUGCCAAACCAUUAGUGGAGAGUAUAUUUGAAGGUGGAAUGUCAACAUGUUUUGCUUAUGGACAAACUGGGAGUGGAAAAACACAUACUAUGGGUGGAGAUUUUUCGACAAAAGGACAGCAGGACUGUUCCAAGGGUAUAUACUGUUUAGCAGCUAGAGAUGUGUUCAAACUUUACCAUUCCAAGUAUAAGAAAUCAGAUCUUACAGUUCAUUCAAGUUUCUUUGAGAUUUAUAGUGGUAAAGUGUUUGAUUUAUUGAAUAAGAAAUUAAAAUUACGAGUAUUAGAGGACCACAAAGCUCAAGUGCAAGUGGUAGGACUUAAGGAAGAAGCCAUAGACAGUGUCGAUGAUGUUUUACGACUUAUACAACAUGGUAAUAAUGUACGGACAUCAGGACAGACAUCGGCCAAUCAACAUUCUUCUCGAUCACAUGCAGUAUUCCAGAUUUUUGUACGGAAAAGGAGUAAUGGUAGAUUGCAUGGUAAAUUUUCUUUAAUAGAUUUGGCAGGUAAUGAACGAGGUGCUGAUACAUCAAGUUCAGACAGACAGACAAGGAUGGAAGGUGCAGAAAUCAACAAAAGUUUGUUAGCAUUAAAGGAAUGUAUAAGAAAAUUGAGCCAGAAAGGAGCUCAUCAACCAUUCAGAGCUAGUAAACUUACUCAGGUCCUUCGGGAUUCAUUUAUUGGAGAAAAUUCCAGGACAUGUAUGAUUGCUAUGGUAUCACCAGGGAUGAGUUGUUGUGAGCAUACAUUAAACACACUACGUUAUGCUGAUAGAGUAAAAGAACUUGGUCCAGGAGGGCCAGUGGAGGGAAAACCAGCUGAAGUAGCUUUACCCAACAACUAUAACCUUGGAGCAAUGUCUCCUCAAAACAGUGAUCUGGUGUUACUGAGAACCACUAAUCAAGAAGAGGUGACUGAUGAUAUGUUAACAUUCCAUGAAGCUGUAAAUCAUAUGCAGGAACUAGAGGAAGACAUUAUAGACGAUCACAAAACUCUGAUAGAGAAUACCCAAAAAUGGACGACAGAAGAUAAAAAACUUGCAAAAAUGACGGAUGAAGUGGAUUAUGACGUUGAAGCAUAUGCAAAGCAAUUAGAUACAUUAUUAGCAAGAAAGAUACAGGCUCUUACACAGUUACGAGAAAAGGUAGCAGGUUUUAGAAAAGAGAUACAGGAAGAGGAAAAUCUAAGUAAAAACAUGAAAGCUAAGAAGAAAUGAAUCAUUUGCUGAAGGACCAGUCAUUAUGCAAUCUGUCAUCUUACUCAGUAUUCCUAAUGAUACAGCGCCAUCAUAUCAUUUGAUAAAACUGCACAUGUAAUAAUUCACAUGUAAUCAAACUGGUAUAUCUGUCCGUGAGGUCAAAUCAUGUGAUGAUUGAGAGAGAGGGAGAAAGAGUUUUAGAGGUUGUUCAUCUGUGAUACUUUAAGCUUAUUUUGUAGUAAAAUACAAUCAUCUAGAUAGUUACAAUUUUUCUGCUAUCACAUAAAUAUGUUAUCACAAUCAUAUGUUGUAGUAUAAGAAAAGAUCAUUCUUAAGGUGAAGUGACAGACAAUUAUGCUUAAUUUUGAAGAAAGAUUAAUAGUUUCAUCUGGACUAAUAUAAAACUGUAGUAAUCUUAUAUUUUUACAAGAAGUCACAAGAUCUAUUGCUGCAAAAUCUUCUUUAAAUCUUCGUGUUACCAGAUUUAGUUCAUAAUUUACUAUGUAAAUGUAUACAUUGUUAAAUAAUUAAGAUUUAUUUAUUGUGUAUAUCUCAAAACUGUAGCAUAAUCUUGAUAUUUAUAUUACAUUUAAUUUUUUUUAUUUUAUUUGAAUGUUAGAUCUAUGCAUUUAUUUUAUAUGUUCUGUCUCUGUUAAGUUUCAGGUAAAACUUGUUUUCCCUUUUGCAGUAUUUAUAAUCUAUUUUUGGAACAAAAUAUUUAUUGUGUCACUAACUUAUAUUUAACGUCAAAGACAAAACUUGACUAUCUUUACACAGUAAGAUAUCAGUAUUGCAGCAAAGUUGUCUUGCCAUAAAUCUGUGGUUUCUGCUCAGGUUUUGAAUGCUUGUUGUAAUUACUAGAUAGAAGAACACAAUCUGCACUAUGUACUUUUUAUUAUUAUUAUGUAUCACAUAAAUUUUACAUAUUAUUUUUUAUUUUGACAAUAAGUGCUUAUUUCUUCAUGUAUUAUACCUAUAUUUGAUCAAACCAGAAAAUAAAUUGAAGGCAGAAUUUGUAAAAAUGAUUUUAUGUAAUAUGUAUUCCUGGAGCUUGUAAACGAUCUCUACUGCUAGUCAGAACUUCUGUUUAAAGGUUUUGUGUAUGUUCAAGUAAUUUACAAACUCUUGGUACAGACAUAUUACUGAGCAAACAUGGUCUCAUGACCAUCUCUAGAAUGUUAUAUGGUAAAUUUAUAAUACUUACGAUUUUUUGAUUAAAAAAAGUUGUUAUUAAUUUCAUGGGGAUGCGCUAUUAAAGAUUUGAGAUUUUUGCAUAUUGAAUAAAUAUAUUAAAUGCAGUUAUAUGUAUAAAGUUUGUAUAUAUUGUAUUAUAUUGUACAGAGAGUCCAUAUAGAAUAUUGUGAUCUGCAUGGCUACUGUCGUGUUUCAAAGUCCUUUGUAGCGCUUAAAUGCCAUAGAUUUACACAAUCAUAUGUGAUUUUAAAAGUGACUUUACUAUUCAUUAAUUUAUGGUCCUUAUCAGAACAAAAUAUUUUUCAUCUUUAUAUUCUCAUUUAAAAUCAGAACAAAUUGAAAAUAAUAUCCAUAUUUUGAUUCCAUUAUUUUCAAUUUGGUUGUCGCUCUUUGUGAUAUUUUACAUAUUAUAGUAUGAAUUCUGUUUGUUUUGUUUAUAAUAAUCAUACUGACUUCAUUAGAGUAAUCACCGUAAUUCAUUGGGGAGUUUGUUUCAGGGAAAGUAUCUACAACAAAGUAUUCAAUAUACUUUUAUUUUUUCUUAAAUACAAACUUCUUUACAUCAAGUAUUUAUGGUAUUUAUUUGUUUUCAAAUUGGUGGGUUUUUUAAGUGAAAUAAUGAAUUUGGAGUAUUUUGUUGAUAAAGACAUUGAACUGUUUUAUCCUGCAAUCAGCCAACUAAUGUGCAAAUAACAGGUACACAAAUUUAUUUUUGUUUAUAUGUACUUGUAGAAAUAAAGUCUCCUGUUACCCCGCUUCCAUGUUAAGCAGGCUGUAAUGUAGAUAUUUCUUUUUGCGUAACAGUUCAUUAUUGGAUCCUCUUUGCGGUUUGUGUUUAAACGAUGUUGAUUUCUUUGAAAAAUCAGAGAUAACUAUUUGAAUUUAAACAACUAAAGCUUCAAGUGCCAGGUGUAAAUUGCAGGAUGAAAACAAUAUAUGUACAAUGUCUGAUAUAUAAACUUGACAUUUUCCGACAAUGUACAUAUAUUGUAUAUGUAUCUUUUUUAAUCUAAAAGAGUUUUUCCCUUAAAUUGAAUAAUUUAUCGUUAGUCAUUGGAUACAGAAAAAAACCCAUUGUCAUUGAUUUCAGACUGAAAACUAUAUAGUUUAGAGUAGCACUCCUACUUUUCCAGAAAUACACUCCCAAUUAUAAUUGCUUGUGUAUCAUUUCAUUUUAAGUUUUUGUUUACCUAAUUUAAACCAUAGUUAUCAAGAACCAACAAAAUUUCUGUAUAUAUUUUUUUUGUGAGCUUUAAAAGUUGUCCAUCUACUAUAUAACUUAUCCUAUAAGUAAUGGUCAGUGUUCUCAUUAUAGAAUGGCGACCUUUUUGAUUGGACAAGUGUCAAAACCAACAUUUAUACCUAUUGUAUCGAGUUGAUUUAUACAAUAAAAGGAUCAAUGAUCAAUUAUUUAUAACAUUGAAAAGAUAGAAAAAUGAGUACUUUACAUUUAAACCAAGUGAAAUUAGCACCAAACAUUUUUUUUAUGCCCUGCCUAUCAUAGUAAUGAGGACAUUAUGAUUCCAUUCUGUGCAUCUAUAUGUUCAUUACCCAGAAACUUUUUUUCAUGCUUUAACAUCCUGAUCUAAACAAUUACAAGUUAUAGAGGAAUGAUAUCUUGUCAAUAGACAUUCUGUGGAUAGUUUAGAAGGUGGAAACAGAAGGAGUCUCCUUACCUUCAUUUAUGCAUGAAUGAUUCUAUAUUUGUUUUGGCUUAAGUUGCAUAUCUGUAAUUACAAGGUAAAUAGAAAUAAUAUUAUAUCAGUGGAAAAGUCUUGGAUUACAAUGAAGUUAUAUUCAACAACAAAAAGUCACAUUUUUCUCCAUUUUAUUCCUAAAUGAUUCCAGUUAACAUAUAUAUAUAUAUAUGGUAUGAUAUGAUUAACUCAUUUGCCCUUGCUCCUCUUUUUUUUUAUCAAAUUUUAUUUAUUUUCAUAUAAAUCUUUUUUUAGUAGCAAAGCUGUCAUUGAUCCAGUUCAUCUUACAGUGACCCCAUUUUUUUUUUUUAUAUUAUUUAUUUAAUUAAGUUCCUUUGUUAAUUCAGUAUAUGUUUGAAUAGGCCAUGUUCACCUUCACAGAAUUUUAUUUCAUUUCAUCCUAUAAUAAAUACAGUGAAAUGAACAAAGUAAUGAUCAGUUUAAGGAAUACAUGAAAUUCAUUGUUGUUCAAGCAAAUAUUACAAGUUUUUCAUUUGUGUUCUGAUAAACACUUGAGUAAUGUUUCUCUCAUGUAUUUAAUUAGAUCUAAAUGCUUGUAUAUUUUUUGCAGUAUAUAAGAUGUUCUAUUUAGAACAGUUCUUGUCUUUCAGUCUUCAUAUUUUGUGAUUAGAUUAAAUUGAUAAGCUUUACUGCCAUAUUUUAUUUUGACAGUAAAAUGAAUGAUUUUUGUUUGGGUGGAAGUGAACAAUAAAUUCACGAAUAUAAGGUGUAAUGAAAAUUUGUCCGUCCAUAUUUUAUAAAUUUUGGUACUGGAUAAAUGCUCAACGAACUAAACUGAUAAAAGAUCAAAGUUUGCAAUAUUCCUGAACAAUUUUUAUUUCCAGUUGUGUCAAUGUUGGUAUGUAAAUGUUAUGAACAAUUAAAUAGGGCAUUAUUAUGCACUAUAACUUAGGAUUUUAUUGUUUACUUUUCUUCUCCACGCAAGUUAUAAAUGUGUGUCAACAAAAAUGUUUAGAUUUAUUUAGAGAAAUGAACACACCUAAAGAAUAAAUUUAUAUUGAUUUCAAUAUUAUAUGAUCUAUAAAACUUCUCAACCCGGUAUUUUAUCUUAAAGAAAAUAUUAACAUCAUGAAAAAGAAAUGGUACUGAGAAAGAACACUGCAGAGGAUUUAGAUUUUUUUAAAGAUUUGGCAUGAACCAAUAUGUUACACAUAAAAAAGAAAUUGUUUGGUUAUGUAAAGCAUAUCUGUUAAUGUUUUGGAGGAAAGUUAUGAUAUUGAUAAAGUGUAUUGCUGUCAUUAUAAUAAUGCAAUAAUUCUUAAUUUUUUGUCAGGAAUUAUGUCUUGCUUCUGUCACCAGACAAUACAACAUACUUGUUGAAA